AUGAACAUAGACACCCCUUCUGCGGCUUGCCGAAACAUCUUCUGCUCCGGCUCACCCCUUCGUAUUCCCGAUGAAGAUGUGUAUACCCUCCACAAGCACCCUCUCCCCGACAUUCAACAGUGGGCUCAUGCCCGCGAGCAACUCUACCAGGAUUAUGCGCGCGCUAUGAAGUCGAUCUACAAUGCCGCCGCCCCCAUCAACCAGCGCCUUCCCCCCGAAGUGCUCAUGCGCGUCUUUGCCUGCAUCAGUCCGAAAGGGAUGGGCGAUAUCAGGCUCAUGCACGUUUGUCGCUCCUGGCGCGCCAUCCUGGGCCGGACAUCCGAGUUCUGGGUCGACAUGCUUUCCCUCCCCAAGGUGUGGGCCAUCCCCGACCUCCUGGAGGCUAUUCUACUCCUCUCUAGUUCUCGCCCGCUCGCGUUGCGGGCAGCAUCCCCUGAUGUGUAUUCCUCGAAAUUCAUGAUACCCCAUCUGUGUCGCAUAGUCGACCUAGCUAUAGCCUGCACCAACACGGAAUUUGGCCAAUUUUACACGCUGCUCCCGGAAGGCAACUUCGUCAAUCUCGAGCGUCUGCGCCUGAUAUCCCUUGGGGGCGCGAGCUCGACCCCGCCGGCGUUUGAGGAGGAGACGGAGAAGUGCGCGGACGCUUGCCUCCCGCGUCUCAGGCACCUGGAGUUGUCUCCCUGUUUUGUCGAUGAUUAUUUCGUGGUCGCCUCUAUCACGAGCCUUUCGGUCCUUGCGUCGAACCACGGUCUAACCUGGCUCUCAAACGAAGCGGUUUCGACCCCACAAGCUCUCCUUCGCGCUCUGAGACGCUGCGCUCGUCAGUUAGCGUCACUUCACAUCCAGUUCACACUCCCUACCAAGGGCUGGGUCCCCCCGGAACACUGCUCGCCGUUGGACCUACCCGCCCUGCUUGAACUCUCCGUCGAAGACGCACUCCCUGAUCCUGUGGAAUCCUUUUUAGCGGCAAUAACUAUACCCCCGUCGUCGUCCAUCAGUAUCCUAUGCGAGAGCGUAGCACCCCUGGUCCCCCUUCGCGAUAUUCUUGGUGGCCAUCCUGGCGUCGCCAGCCCUGAAGAGCUUCGCAUCUCACUCGAUUAUUCGGCGCUAGAUGUAAGGACCUUGACCGAUGGGAGGGAGCUGCUGUACCUGGGACUCUGGACUCGGAGAGCCUCGGCAUCGACCAUUCCAGCAGUCAUCGCGCACGUCUUAAACCAAACACACACGAUCACGUCGGCCACCUUCGACUGUGCGCGGGACAGCGGGAUAUCGCAGGAAGAGGCGCUAUCCGUCCUCGAUAAAUUCCCCCACCUGGCCCGUCUCACGAUUGCGUACGCCGCCGCGACGACAUUCGGCCCCACGCAUCCCGCGGAUGGCCUCGUUCUCGUCUCCGCGCUCGCCUGCACGGGCUCGACCGCGGGCGCGGUGGCCUGCCCCGCCCUGGAGGCGCUGACCAUCACCGGUCUCGGUCGCGAGGCCUUCCUGGAGCCGGAGGCGUUGGCGGAGGUCCUCGCGCUCGUCCUGGGACAGCGGCGUGCGGUCUUUGGUCGCGUUCUGGGCGCGCUGACGCUGGAAAUCGACCUGCGCGCGGAUCCGUACUACUCCUAUGAGGGAGACACGGCACUCGCGGAGAAGUUCCAGAGGGUCAUUCAUACGCGCCUGGAGGCUCUUGUGGACAAAUUUUCCGUCAACAGUCGUUAGACGACGUCUCGGUGGACUCGCCAGCUGGAAGGACGUUCUGCCUUGCGACCGGUCAUGGACAUUCCGGUAGGAGUGCCAGACACAUGACCUUGUUUCUCUCUGUGAUAUGUUUGUUGUCAGAGCUCGGACCCUGUUCUCUCAUCGAUAUAUGAUGUCAGAUAGGUUUCUUAGCUGAGCGCCCUGUUUCGUUUCUCUACUACUAUACCAUCCGAUUGUUUCGAUAUCUUUGUUCAGUUUGC